AUGAGAACAUGGAACCACUUUGAUCAAAAUAAUGCAUUAAAAGCAGUUUACGAAGUUAGUAUUCAUAUUGCUUCUGAUGAUCUAACUCCCAAAUAUUAUCAUCGUAAAGUAGCUCGUGAAGAAAGAUUACCUUUUUCAAGUUGGGCGACAUAUAGUUUACGAAGAACUGGCAAAGUGCCUAAUGCAAAAUAUGAUGAUGAUGUUGUAUUCAUGAUUUGUAUGACAGUUCAUUGGAAAAAUGAUCCCAAAUUAUUAAAACAAAUUUCUUUGGAUAUACAAAUAGGCUUUAAUGAUUUGCAAUAUGACUGGUCAUUUAUUGUGAAGAAAGUAGGGGUACUCGAAUGGAUGUUCAAUCAUAUGUCAUUUAAACUAAAGCCAGAAUUCUAUCCUAAAGCCAAAAAAAGUAGUUUCGCAUAUUACUUAAGAGAAUGUAAUCUUGACAACAAAGUGGAUUUAUCUAUUCACUGCAUGAACAAAUAUUAUGAAAGGGCAUUAAAAAAAAUGUCACAACAGCUGAGCAGAGAGCUAGUAACUAUAGCCUUCUUACCAUUAUUUGAUGCAUAUUAUUUUGCAGAGGUCUUAUCUAAUACAAUUUUAGAAGAGAGAACUGCAACUGAAAAAUGUUCCAGAGCUUAUGUCUUCUCACCAAUAAAGGGGAUCGAAAAUAAAUGCCCUGUAACCAGCUUAGACUUUGCAUUUUUAUAUCCAAGCCUUAUCUUGACAUACAACCUUUCACCUGAUAAAAUCAUUUUAUCUCAAAAGCAUACUAAACAAAAUGGAGAAAUAGAGAAACUUCACGAUGAAGUUAAUGGCUUUCUCAGGAAAGAUAAUGGAUCUUCUUAUCUCAAAAUGGCAUAUGAGAAAGUUUUAUUUUUGGUAGUAUUUACUGAAAAGAAAAAAUACUAUGGCAUUUCACAUAAAAGCAAGCCAAAAUUUAAUAAAGAGCUUUUCAUUCAGGAAGUCGAGGUUGUAAAGCAGGGCAGUCUAGUAUUUUCUGAAAAACAGAAAAACGUAUUAUGGAAGAGUCUAUGA